GAAAAGCUGGCUGAUUUUCUUACCCGGACAAUAGUGUGCUGGUAUGCAUAUGAAAAAAUGAGGUUCCUUAGCCCAAAUGCUGAUGGAUUUUCGAUGGUUCAUGGCAUUUUGGCAGACAUCAUACAUAAUCACAAGCAAGGGCGUUCAUGGAAUGGCCACUUUGCAAGUACUGACAUUGAAGUUUACAAUGGCAAGUUUUUCAAGAUCACUAAAACUGCCAUCUACCGCUUUGUGCCAUCCCCUAACAUCUCAAUAGAGGUUGCUGGUUGGUUGCGAAAUGACUUUCGUGCCUGUGAGUUCUUACUUGACAAGUUCAACCAGAAUGGCCGCCUACCUGUAUUUUUUGUCCAGCUUAGAAGAGCUUUGAUGAACACAACAGAUAAGACAUUCCUUCAAGCCUUUGCCUCAGAUCUGUAUGAUAAGUUUCUGCACCAUGCAGCAAUUAAGCAGCCUCUGGUGCGUGCCGUAUUUCUAUGCGGUGUUCAGCAAGCGUGCAGGGCGCACGACAUCUAUGACCCUGACGCAAGGUACAAGCAGGUCCUCAAAAGGUUAGCAAUCCCUGGUUUCAGCCUGGCAGAUGCGAUAGCCAACUCUGGGAUAGAUAUUCUCUUAGAGGUUCUUGAUUACCAGAAGCGGCAGGCAUCCAGAAAUGCUGAUAAAGAUGGAGAGCGUCAGGUCAGAAUACCUCGCCCAGAUGGCACGUUUUGGAUUUGGGAGAACAAAGCUGCCUUCAGGCGCUACCUGCUGAUGGAUACUGUGAAUGUUACUGCAGAUGACUUGCUAUCCUAUAUUGACACCGAGAGGCAUCUAAUUGUCCACGGCCCAGACUAUUCAAAGGAGGAUAAAGACUACAAAAACGCGGCAGAGAAUGAUGGGGUUCGGUAUUGGAGGGUGGAGGGUAACCAGUGGGACAGCAAUAGGCCGAGAAAACAGAAGCUGGACACAUUCGAGGUCAUGGAGCUUAUGGUUGCGUCUCUUUCAGAGGAGAUCAUGCCUCUGAUGAUCUCUGAGCUGCUUGAUCAGUCUGCUAUGACUGGAAAGCUGAAGGCUGUCUGGGAAUUGUACAAGAACAGUGGGUUUGAGCUCUCGAAUAUGGAUGUGCAAAAUAUGCUGGCGAUGGUUGGCCUCAGUAGGGAAGCAGAGGAAGAUGACCAUUGAUCGGUUGCUGCUGCAUGAACUUCCAAGUUGGUUGCACAGUUGGAUGAUCGACAUUCUGAAUGAACCCGUCUUUCACAGCAGUCCACGAAAUGACAUUUUGAGGUCCAGUGAAAGCAUUGGAUCAUGUAGCCACCUUAGUGCCUGUAGGAAUUUAUGUUAAUUAACUGGUGAAACAAGCUGUUGUCUCUUGCCUGGGCUGAUGUUGCUGUCUCUAUAGAGGUUUUGGCUGUUCUUUUGUUGGGCUGACAGUGGCCACCUUAUACUCUUG